CCACAGUUGUCUCCUCCAAGCCAAUAGGGGCAGGAAGAUGGGGCAUGUCCCAGACCCCUGCAGCACCUCAGCCCCAGGUGACACCACUGCUGAGCCCAGUCUCAUUCCAGAUCUCAUUACCAGGAUCCCCUGGCCCCACUGGGCACUCUUUAUCGUCGUUCUUGCUGCUGGAGUCCUCCUGGUCUCUUGUCUGCUCUGCAUCAUCUACUGCUGUUGCCGUCGUCGCUGCCAACGCCGCAGGAAGCAGCCCAAAGACAAAGAAGCUGUGGGUCUGGGCAGUGCUCGUAGCAGCACCACUACUCACCUGGUUCAACCAGAUGUGGACUGCCUGGAGCCCCACUCUGGGGGACCCCAAGAGUGGGGGCGGCUGCUGCUCUCACUGGAGUAUGACUUUAGAAGCCAGGAGAUUAAGGUGGGCCUGAGGCAGGCUGAAAACUUGAAGGCUGAAGGAACAGCAGACCCCUAUGCCCGUAUCUGCGUUUCCACCCAGGCUGGGAGAAGACACGAGACAAAAGUGCACCGUGGGACUCUCUGUCCCAUGUUUGAAGAGACAUGCUGCUUCCUGGUCCCACCGGCAGAGCUGCCCAGGGCCAUCCUGAAGGUGCAGCUGUUGGACUUCAAGCGGUUCUCAGAGCACGAGCUACUGGGUGAGAUUCAGCUACCACUGAGCACUGUAGACCCUCAGCAUGUCCUGGAGAGCUGGUACCUGCUGGGCCCUCCAGGUACCACUGAGCCUGAGCAGAUGGGGGAGCUGUGCUUCUCACUGCGCUACGUGCCCAGCUCAGGCCGCUUGACUGUGGUUGUGCUGGAGGCUCGGGGCCUGAAUCCAGGGCUUGCAGAGCCCUAUGUAAAGGUCCAGCUCAUGUUAAACCAGAGAAAAUGGAAGAAGAGGAAAACAUCCUCUAAGAAGAGCACAACUAUGCCCUACUUCAAUGAGGCCUUCACCUUCCUGGUUCCCUUUAGCCUGCUCCAGAGUGUGGACCUGGUGCUGACUAUCUGGGCUCACGGCCUGCAUCUCCGGGCUGAGCCUGUAGGCAAGGUUUUGCUGGGUCCCCGGGCUUCAGGCCAACCUCUGCAGCACUGGGCAGAUAUGUUGGCCCAUGCCAGACGGCCCAUUGCCCAGUGGCACCACCUGCAGUCCCCCAGGGAGGUGGACCGUGCUCUGGCCCUGAAGCCUCGCCUGCCCCUUCCUAGGCUUCGUUCCUAAAAGAACUGUAGGCUUGUUUCCCCAAAUGGAGCUGUGGGCAUUUGUUCGGGCUCUUCCGAGCUUUCUGUAAUAAAUGCCUUUUCUUUCUCACUCACGUGUCCUGAUAGAAUCCUGUGAGGAGGACCUGAGGCACAAGAUGGGCUACAUCUUGGCAUCACUCUCC